CGCGCUGGGAGCGUCCCCGGGGCCGGGAGUGCGCCUCGUGGAUGACAACAAACUGGUGGCGCGGCCUCCGAGGGCUUGUCUGCCUUGUCCCGUAGCGCUCCCUGGCGCUCCGACCGUCUCCGGUCCCGUAGGCGCCGUCUUCCCCUUCACGGGGACUGCUCCGCGCCUCGUCCCUGCCAGGCCUGGCCCCGGGGCGCUCGGCGCGGGCGAUGGGGUCGCCCUGAGGGACGCCCGACGCCGAGCGGACAUGCUGGGGCCGCCCCGGGCUUAGGCCGCGCGGCCUGGAGCCGGAGCCUGGGCCCCGAGGCCGGAGCCAGCGCCUCCUGCAACCGCCGCCGCCGGCGCGGGUGCCAGCCCUCGCCAUGCCGUGGCCGUUUUCCGAGUCCAUCAAGAAGAGGGCCUGUCGGUACCUCCUGCAGAGGUACCUGGGCCAUUUCCUCCAGGAGAAGCUGAGCCUGGAGCAGCUCAGCCUGGACCUGUACCAGGGCACCGGGUCCCUCGCCCAGGUCCCCUUGGACAAAUGGUGUCUCAAUGAAAUCUUGGAGUCAGCUGACGCGCCUUUGGAAGUCACUGAAGGAUUCAUUCAGUCCAUUUCUCUGUCGGUGCCUUGGGGCUCCCUGCUGCAGGAUAACUGUGCCCUGGAAGUGAGAGGGCUGGAAAUGGUGUUCCGGCCCAGACCUCGCCUAGCAACUGGUUCUGAACCCAUGUAUUGGUCAAGUUUCAUGACCAGCAGUAUGCAGUUGGCAAAAGAAUGUCUUAGCCAGAAGUUGACCGACGAGCAAGGAGAAGGGUCCCAGCCGUUUGAAGGACUGGAAAAGUUUGCUGAAACCAUUGAAACAGUGCUCAGAAGAGUCAAGGUCACUUUCAUAGACACUGUUUUGAGAAUUGAACAUGUGCCAGAAAAUUCCAAAACUGGAACUGCACUUGAAAUCAGAAUAGAAAGAACUGUGUACUGUGACGAGGCUGCUGAUGAAUCCUCAGGGGUUAACGUGCACCAGCCCACAGCUUUUGCUCACAAAUUGCUGCAGCUCUCUGGAGUGACUCUCUUUUGGGAUGAGUUUUCUGCAUCAGCAAAAUCUUCCCCGGUGUGUUCAGCUGCACCCGCGGAAAGUGAGCCGAAGUUGUCACCUAGCUGGAACCCCAAAAUUGUUUAUGAGCCACACCCACAAUUAACUAGAAAUUUACCUGAAAUAGCACCCUCUGAUCCAGUGCAGAUUGGAGGGUUGGUUGGUAGGCUGGAAUUAAGUAUCACGUUGAAACAGAAUGAAGUGCUUCCUGGAGCAAAGUUGGAUGUGGAUGGACACAUAGACUCCAUCCAUCUGUUCCUGUCGCCGAGACAGGUACAUUUGCUUUUGGAUAUGUUAGCAGCUAUUGCUGGACCAGAAAAUUCUAGCAAAAUAGGGUUAGCUAAUAAAGAUAGGAAAAAUCGACCUAUGCAGCAGGAAGAUGAGUAUCGAAUUCAGAUGGAAUUAAACCGGUAUUAUUUGAGAAAAGAUUCCCUCUCUGUGGGCGUGUCUUCAGAACAAAGCUUGUAUGAGACAGAAACGGCUCACACGCCAUCUAGCCGCGAAGAAGAAGUUUUUUUCUCCAUGGCUGAUAUGGACAUGUCCCAUAGUCUCUCUUCUCUUCCGCCUCUUGGGGACCCCCCAAACAUGGAUCUUGAGUUAUCACUAACUAGUACAUAUACGAACACCCCAGCAGGAUCUCCAUUAAGUGCUACGGUGCUUCAGCCGACUUGGGGAGAGUUCCUUGAGCACCGCAAGGAGCAGCAGGCAGGAAGAGGGCCGAGCUUCCCACGCAGCGGCACCCAGCUGCCGACUUUACAGACAGCUGCUCUCCCUGCUCGCUCUGUGUCACUGGAGGAGUCCAGGCCUGAGCUCAUUCUCCGGCUAGCUCUGGGAGCGUGUUCAGUGUGUGUGCUGCACAUUGACCCUCUGUCUCCACCGGAAACAUCGCUGGGCCGGAACCCCUCGACGCCCAUGGCGCUAGCCUUCUUUAACUGUGUAGAAAAGAUCGACCCGCAGCGAUUUUCAACCGAAGACUUUAAGUCCUUCCGGGCAGUGUUUGCAGAAGCUUGUUCACAUGACCAUCUUAGGUUUAUAGGCACGGGCAUCAAAAUGUCCUACGAGCAAAGACAGAGAUCAGCUUCCCGUUACUUCAGUACCGAUGUUUCUGUCGGGCAAGUGGAGUUGUUGGAGUGCCUGUUUCCAAGUGAUUUUCAUUCUGUUCCUCCUCACUACACAGAGCUUUUAACGUUCCAGCCCAAGGAAGGAACUGAUUCCCACGCUCCUGUGUGUCUUCAGCUGCACUACAAGCACUGUGAGAACAGAGCGCCUCAGGGUAGUCAAGCCAGACUAAGUGCAGUUCCUCAGAAGGCAGAAUUACAAAUUAAAUUAAAUCCAGUGUGUUGUGAAUUGGACAUCAGUAUUGUGGACAGGUUAAAUUCCUUGCUUCAACCACAAAAACUUACUACAGUCGAAAUGAUGGCGUCUCACAUGUACACUUCAUACAAUAAGCAUGUCAGUCUGCACAAGGCUUUUACUGAAGUGUUUCUAGAUGAUUCCCAUAAUCCUGCAAACUGCCGGGUGUCGGUGCAAGUUGCCACGCCAGCACUGAAUCUGUCUGUGCGCUUCCCGAUUCCUGACCUCCGCUCAGAUCAAGAGAGAGGGCCGUGGUUUAAGAAGUCUCUGCAGAAGGAGGUCCUUCAUUUAACAUUCACAGAUCUAGAAUUCAAGACCGAAUUUAUAGGAGGAUCAACUCCAGAACAAAUCAAAUUGGAGCUUACCUUCAGAGAACUGUGUGGGUCAUUCCAGGAAGAGAAAGGAGAACCGUCUGUCAAAUUUUUCCACGUGUCUGGCGGGGUAGAUGGGGACAUGGCAUCAUCAGAUGACUUCGACUGGCCGCGGAUUGUACUGAAAGUCAGCCCCCCCGCCAUGCAUUCCAUUCUGGAGAAGGUAGCAGCCGAGGAGGAGGAGGGCCCCUGCCAGGAGGAGGAGGAGGGAGGCGCGCACUCCCUGAAGGAUGUCUGGGACCUGAGGCGACCAGCCCCAUCUCCUUUUUCUUCUCGUAGAGUCAUGUUUGAGAAUGAGCAGCUGGUGAUGCCCGGAGACCCUGUGGAAAUGACAGAGUUUCAGGAUAAAGCGAUCAGCAAUUCUCACUACGUGCUGGAGCUCACACUGCCCAACGUUCACGUGACACUCCCUAAGAAAAGCUUCUAUGAGAAACUUUAUAACAGGGUCUUUAACGACUUGCUGCUGUGGGAACCCACGGCUCCUUCGCCAGUCGAGACCUUUGAAAACCUUUCCUGUGGCGUUGGGCUGUCCGUGGCCAGCCAGCUGAUCAAUACUUUCAACAAAGAUAGUUUUGGUCCACUCAAAUCAACAGUUCAUUAUGACGAGGAAAGCGGAUCUGAGGAGGAGACUUUGCAGUAUUUUUCCACUAUUGAUCCCAACUGUCGUUCCCGUAGGAAAAAAAAGCUCGACUCUCAAAACAAGAACUCACAGAGUUUUCUCUCAGUUCUUUUGAAUAUUAAUCAUGGAUUAAUGGCAGUGUUCACAGAUGUAAAGCAAGAUAAUGGAGAGCUGUUGGAAAACAAGCAUGGUGAAUUCUGGUUCGAGUUCAGCAAUGGCUCUUUGUUUUGCGUGACAAGAUACGAAGGUUUUGAUGAUAAGCACUACGUUUGCCUUCAUUCCAGCAGUUUCAGCCUGUAUCACAAAGGUGUGGUGGAUGGGGAGAUUGUUCCCGCAGAAAGCCGCCUGCCCACCUCAGCACGCCCGCACUGGCUGGAGCCUACCAUUUACUGCUCCGAAGAAGACGGCCUCAGCAGGGCUUCCUCCGACGGCGUGGGCGAUCACCCCAACAUGCUGUCCGUGGCGGUUAAAGUACUGUGUGACAAGUCCGAGUCCAACACGAAGGAGUCCCUGAUCGCUGUGGGGCUGAGAGGAGCCACGCUGCAGCACACCGUGCUUCCCUUGGGGCUCAGCUGGCAUGAGCAGAUCUUACACUUCUUGAAUAUUGCUGAUGAGCCUGUGUUAGGGUAUAAUCCUCCAACUUCGCUGACGACAUUUCAUGUCCACCUUUGGAGCUGUGCGCUCGAUUAUAGGCCACUUUACUUGCCCAUCCGGUCUCUUCUCACCGUGGAAACAUUCAGCAUUUCUAGUAGUGUUGCGUUGGACAGAUCUUCCUCCACUCUCAGAAUAAUUCUGGAUGAAGCGGCUUUACAUCUAUCUGACAAAUGUAAUACCGUUGCUGUGAAUCUGAAUAGAGAUUACGUACGUGUGAUGGAUAUGGGGCUGUUGGAGUUAACUAUAACUGCAGUCAAAUCUGAUUCUGAUGGAGAACAACCCGAGUCCUGCUUUGAGUUGCACUGCUCCAGCGACGUCGUCCACAUCAGAACUUGCUCAGACUCUUGUGCUGCCUUGAUGAACCUCAUUCAGUACAUUGCCAGCUACGGGGAUCUGCACGGCCCUGCCGAGGCCAGUGUGGCGCCUGGAGCCCUGCGGAGAAGGACACAGGUAGAUUCCAGUCGCCACUCCUCUUCCCGUGGGCCGGUGCUUCCAGAAGCCGAUCAGCAGAUCCUACGAGACCUGAUGAGUGAUGCGAUGGAGGAGAUAGACAUGCAGCAAGCCGCUUCUUCCGGGCUACCGCAGGCCAACGGUCUUAUAGAUGAUAAGUGUCCAGUGCAGGAACCUUGCUGCUCUGAUCUCUUCCUGUUUCCGGAUGAGAGUGGGAACGUGUCCCAGGAGCCUGGCCCCAGCUAUGACUCAUUUACUCCCCACUUGAUCAGUGAUGCCAUGACAGGUGUGCCCACUGAAAAUGACGACUUCUGCAUCCUGUUCGCACCAAAAGCAGCGCUCCAGGAGAAGGAAGAAGAACCUGUUAUAAAAGUCAUGGUGGAUGAUGCAAUUGUGAUAAAAGACAAUUAUUUCAGUCUGCCCGUUAAAAAGACGGACGGUGGCAAAGCCCCGUGGCGCUUCCCGCUGCCCGUGACUCGCUACGUCGUGAAGGAAGUCUCCCUGGUCUGGCACCUGUAUGGAGGAAAGGAUUUUGGAGCAGCACCCCCUACUUCGCCAGCAAAAAGUUAUGUGAGCCCCCACAGCUCGCCUUCUCACACCCCCAGCAGACACGGCCGCAGUACUGCCUGUGGGGGGCGAGGAAGGAACCACGACUUUCUCAUGGAGAUACAGCUAAGCAAGGUGAAAUUUCAGCACGAAGUCUACCCCCCGUGCAGACCCGACGGCGACUCCAGUCUCUCGGAGUACCCGGUGUCCCGGCAGGUGUUUGUCGUUCAGGACCUUGAGAUCCGAGAUCGCCUGGCAACAUCCCAGAUGAAUAAGUUUCUGUACCUGUACUGCAGUAAAGAGAUGCCCCGGAAAGCGCAUUCAAACAUGCUGACGGUCAAGGCGCUGCACGUGCGCCCCGAGUCCGGCAGGUCCCCGCAGGAGUGCUGCCUCAGAGUGUCGCUGAUGCCACUUCGCCUCAAUAUUGACCAGGACGCCUUAUUCUUCCUGAAGGAUUUCUUCACGAGUCUCUCUGCAGAAGUGGAGCUUCUCCUGACCCCCGACCCAGAAGUGAGGACAUCUCCCGGAGCUGAUGUGACCUGCAGCUUGCCACGGCAUCUGAGUACCAUGAAGGAGCCAAAUCUAGUUCUUUCCUUCCCUGGGCCCAAGCCACCUUCCCAGGGUGAUGAUGCUGGGUCCCUGGGCGAAGCUGAUGGCACCAAGGACAAGGACUUCUCGGCCGCACAGGCAUCAUUUAGUGACCAGCCUGUGUUUUUUAGAGAAUUUCGAUUCACAUCGGAAGUUCCUAUUCGGCUUGACUACCAUGGCAAGCACGUGUCCAUGGAUCAGGGCACUCUGGCCGGCAUCCUCAUCGGCCUGGCUCAGCUGAACUCCUCAGAACUGAAGCUGAAGCGACUCUUCUACCGGCACGGUUUACUAGGUGUUGACAAGUUGUUCUCAUAUGCACUCACUGAAUGGCUUAACGACAUCAAGAAGAACCAGCUGCCGGGGGUCCUGGGAGGAGUCGGACCUAUGCACUCACUAGUACAGCUAGUGCAAGGCCUGAAGGACCUGGUCUGGCUGCCCAUUGAGCAGUACCGGAAGGAUGGUCGCAUUGUCCGAGGCUUUCAGAGAGGAGCUGCUUCCUUUGGCACCUCCACGGCUAUGGCUGCCCUGGAGCUCACCAACAGAAUGGUGCAGACCAUCCAGGCAGCAGCGGAGACUGCGUAUGACAUGGUGUCUCCUGGUACACUUGCCAUCGAGCCCAAGAAGACGAAAAGAUUUGCUCACCACCGGUUGGCCCAACAGCCAGUAGACCUGAGGGAAGGUGUGGCCAAGGCCUACAGUGUUGUGAAGGAGGGACUCACAGACACGGCCCAGACCAUUUAUGAAACUGCCGCUCGAGAACACGAGAGCAGGGGUGUGACCGGGGCCGUGGGCGAAGUGCUGCGCCAGAUCCCUCCUGCCAUGGUGAAGCCCCUGAUUGUGGCCACAGAAGCCACAGCGAAUGUUCUAGGUGGUAUGAGAAACCAGAUUCGACCGGAUGUUCGGCAAGAUGAGUCACAGAAAUGGCGCCACGGGGGAGACUGAGGUCCCCAGCGUGACUCCGUGGAGAGGACACCAGGGGGGAGGAAGGAGAGAGUGGCCCAGGGCAGCUUCCAGUGUGACUUCGUGACUCCAUGGAGAGGAUGAUCCGAUUAGGGGAAGGAGAGAGUGGCCCAGGGCAGCUUCCAGCGUGACUCGGUGGAGAGGAGGACACCAGGGGGGAGGAAGGAGGGAGUGGCCCAGGGCAGCUUCCAUGGUAAGUUUUACUGUGCUCAUCUCAGGAACAAAAGCUUUUUUAAGUUAAAUAAUUUAACGUCAAAAUAACAUACAACCAAAACCUUGGGCCGCCGUAGGGCUGCUUUAGUACUGUCCCAUCGUAACAUUUGGUGUCUGGUGUCGAAGGUUCUUGAAAGUCUUCGCUGCCAAGUUUGUGAGAUGCUUACCUUGCGGACAGCAGGUUCUCCCUGGGCUGGACCGGGUGCAGUGGAAACCUCCCGCAACAGCGUAGAGCAAUCAGAAACGCUGGAAAAUUCCCUUGGCCUAGCUCUGGGCACUCUUUCUCUCCAGGCUUAAAAGUCACAGCCUUGACCUUACCUUGCAAAGAGAGAUGGAGGUAGAACAGAUAGGCCGAUGGGCACAGCAGUAGGAAGGUGCAGCCUGGCCCCCUGGCCUCCGUGUCCAUGCCCUUGACAGCGUUGCUCCCAUUUGCCAGAGAUCCUUGAGCGUUUGAGAAGGUGAACCUGGCAGACGUGUUUCGCUGUGUCUACGUCAGCCCUGUGUGUGGUUGUCUCCACAGGAGUCGUGUGCUCUGUACUUUAUAGAACUGACAACCUUUACUGCAGCGGAAAGAGGAGUGGAUACACCCAAAGGUGACGUCAGCUGCCCCGCUUCCCCUGCGUGUCCGUGGAAGCAGGCGUUCUGUCCAGAACUGGCCAUGGAGUUGUUUGUGUGUUCAACUUUUAACAGGUGUAGCACAGCUGAUUAGGAAUCUGUGGAAAGAGGCUUCGGUGGUUCUCAUGCAUCCAAAAACAGAUAAAAAU